AAAGGGAGUUACUCAAGUUUAUUUGAUCGAAGCGAGGAAGCCAAAUCAAGGAAGUGGUGAUAUCAGUCUGUGCACAGGGCUCCCGAUCGCACAAGCAGCAACAGUGUGUCCGGCCGGUGGCGGAUCACCAGCAUGGAUACCCUCUGGAUAUUACCGCUGAUGCUCAUCCCGGUGCUCCUAUUCACCAGCAGCACGUUUGUAUUUUAUUUUAAGAAAUGCUUCUACGUGGCCUGGAUGAUGAUUCUGGCGACGAUCGCCAUCCCGAUCUGCAUACUGAAGAGCGGCGGCAGGGACGUGGAGAACAUGCGAAUAAUCCGCUUUUUGGUGUGGCAUGUCAAAUAUCUCCUGGGUCUACGUAUCGAUGUGAGUGGCUUGCAGAAUCUGCCGACGGAGGGUCCGUACGUGAUCAUCUCCAAUCACCAGAGCUCCUUGGAUGUCUUGGGCUUGAUGGAGAUCCUCCCAGACCGCUGCACCUCGAUCGCCAAGAAAGAGCUUGUGUACGCCGGCACUGUGGGCAUUGUGUGUUGGCUCGGGGGCAUCAUUUUCAUCAACCGCAAGAAGACCGAUACCGCCAAGAGCGUUAUGGCCGGUGCCGCCCGCACCAUGCUGGACAAGCAGAUCCGUCUGUGGGUCUUCCCCGAAGGCACACGGAACCAGAAGGGUGACCUACUGCCCUUCAAGAAGGGUGCAUUCCACCUGGCAGUGCAGGGGCAGGUUCCCAUCAUUCCAGUCGUCUUCUCCUCCUACAGUAACUUCUACUUGCGCAAAGAAAAGCAGUUCCGAUCUGGAACGAUAAACCUGAAGAUCCUCCCAAAGAUUGAGACCAAGGGCAUGACCACGGACGACAUCUCCGCGCUUUCGGACAAAUCUUACAAGAUCAUGCGCUCUGCGUUCAUGGAGAUCUCCGACAUAACCGCUCACAGCAAUGGACCCUCUAGCCAUUAGGCGGGCCCCGGCUGGCGGCAGACCCCGCCUGCUCGCCCGUCCAUCCAUCCAUCCAUCCGGGAUCCACAUGGUCGCGGUGGUAGCAGCUAUACACAGCAUGCUUGUCUCAUUCGUCUUUAAGCUGUGGGCGUGGCGAGCUGGGGGAAGGCGAGCAUGCUCCCUUACAGGCUUCCCUGGUGGCUUCCAGCCACCUCUGGAGAACAUUAGAAGAGAAGGAGGAGUUGGAGCCUGUCUCAGGCUUUUGGGUGGAGUGUCAGUUAAACGCCUGAGCUCAGCCUCUGCUAACCUAACUGGUUAGUACUUUUGACACGCGGUGUGGGUUUCAGCUGCUCAUUCCCAGCUGGGCCUGGCUGAGUCCCGUGGACUUUGUACUGUAGUCCUGAUGACAGAGCCUGUUAUAGAAGCACAUUCAUCGUGCAUGCCUUCCGAUGGCUUGCUCCUUGGUGAUUUUUUUUAUUUUCUUUUUGCCUUCUCUCUCCUCUUUGUGACUUCAUCUUACCCCAAAUCCCCUUUGUCUGUUUUGAUGUUUAUGUAUGUGUGUAUUCGUGAAGUGGAACUUUGUUUUUUUUUUUUUUCCCUUUCUGUUCAGUUACCUAUUUAACCCCUUCUUGUCCUUUAUUCUCCUCUCUUGUCUUCCCAACUUCCAUACCCAGUUGCCUAACAGCUUACACAGUGAUUAUUGCUAUGGAAAAGGGUUAUAACUUUAUUCCAGCGUUGCGGUACGUCUUUCCACCCUCUGUCUGCCAUUCUCAUGUGCUUUCCAGCUCUCUACGUCACUCGCCUGUAUAAUCAAAGGCCUGUAUUCCACCCUGUGUAACUCAACAUCCUCUCCUAAUAAUUCUGUGCCCUGGAGAGUCGUGUAAAACUCAGUAACGCUACAGAUAUUUACAGCAUCCAGUGUAGAUGUUAUUCUAAGGUCCAAGACCAUUGUCCAGCUUUUUAUUGUCCAGGACAUUCCAUCAAGAACACAGAAAUAGUUUUUCUAUUUCUAAUAAACUGAUCUUUUCACAGUCAGGAAUUUCCCUAUGGCAAGGGGGUAAAAAAAAAUCAAACCAAAAAUCAUAUUAAAAAUCUUCAGUAUUAGGUUGGGGGUUCUUAGUGGUGCACAGGAGUGAUGUCUGUUCUCUUUGAAAUAUGUUACUAGGCCUCUCUGUCUCUUGUAUGCAUGGUGAGCAGUGUGCCAUGCACACGAUGAUGAUGUCACAGAGAAACAAUGACAGUGACCCUUUACAAGCCCUACACACAGUCUGCAUUCCUAGCUGCUAUGUGAGGGCUUCACGUCAUACGCCGCACUGACUGAGAAACCAAUGCUGCUCACUGAGGCAUGCUACCGAUUCCUUAGUACUUGUGACUUAUCGCAUUUUGAAAACAUGUUAAAACCAUGUGUAAAAACGUAUUACUAAUAAGCACAAUAGUCAUCUAGAAAUGGUUAUGCGAAGCACUACUCUUCAUUUAAAGACAUUUGUUUAUCGUGCAAGAGAGAACAAAUGCGUGUAUAUAAAGCUCAUCAGCAUAUGUGUGAUAUGACUUUGGCUGCCCUUAUAAGCAGGCAUGCUUUCAGCUCCAGUCUUCUAGCCUGAAACUGCAUUAAAAUGAGCGACAUGGUGACGUCCGGCAGUUUGAAUAUACAGUAUAAAGGUUCGUUCGUUUUUUUUUUUUCUCUUCGAUAAAUCUUUGCAAAUGAACUUGACCGCUACUAACCCGUUUACAGUGGAAGUUACUAGGGGUUGUGUUUCGUGCUACUGACCGACCCCUGCUGGAUAAUUCCCAAAUUACACUUGGCUUGAAUCCAUUCUGUUGCCUGUUCUGUGGUGAUAUAUUGAUUUAUGCAUUUGUGUUAAAUUGUCUUUUAGAUAUAAAGAGGUAAAAUUAAUUUGUACAGGUGUCAUAUUUAAUCAAAAGUCAAAAUGCAUUAUUUUUUUUUUUCGUUUAAAUGCUUUCAAAUGAAAUAUUUUUUGUUGUACAUGCAAGUGAGAAUUGGGUGUGUUUGAGUAUGUUGUAUGUGUAUUGUUGGGAAACUGUCAAAACAACCCGACAUAUUUUUUAAAACAGACCAGCCUUUUUUUGGAAAAUGAAUUUAAUUAUGUAAAGAACUACCUGUGUAUGUAUCAAAUCUAUACAAGCAUUCUAAAUAUUAACUUAAAUACAUAAAUAGUCAACUUGAUGUCCUCUGGUACUGAUGGGCUCAGAGGAGGGACUGGAGUUGGUUUAGAGAGAUGAAUAUGUAAACAAAUAUAUAACCUUGAUCCUGA